AUGGCUAGAGAAAAGAACCCGGAAAAAAAGAGCAAACAUAGACAGUUAUCACAAUUUAAUGUGAAGCGAGAACAAAGCCCCAAUCACAGAAGGGUGCACGAGAGGAAGGCCGUUAUGGACAGAAACAACAUAGGUGGGGGAGGUGAGAUCACACGCCAGCGAGACAAGAAACACAAAAUGUCAGAAAGAGGGGUGUACGAAAACCAAAAGAAAGUGACACAGAGGAGCGAACGUUCAUCUCCAGAUGGAAAUCAUGAAUCCGAGGCCAAUGAAGCCGACGCGAGAGAGCAGAAAGAAAGUGAUGUAGUCGCUUCACGCGCAAGUCAAGUACAUGAGAGCGGGAAGCACCAAAAUGUGCAAGGCCUCGUGAACCAAGAUGUCGAAGAGGGGCAGAAACACUGGAAGUCGAAGCCCGUGCUGGACAAAAACAGCGUCACCGAGAACGGAGGCAAACCCAGCCCAGCCGGCAGCGUUGACGAUGACAACGAGAGAGGCUGGAGUCCUCAAGAUGGAUGCAAAGAGACAUACACCGCAGGACCCCUCACCGCACCCGCCCGCACAUCCACCCGCACACCCACCCACCUCACACUACAGACAUCCACCAAAAAGCCCGGACACGCGAAAAUGAUGCCGAUGGGAGGCGAUAUCCUGCAACGGGCACGAGAGCGAGGCCGGAAAGCACGACGCGAACGCCACGAACGGAGGCGCCGAAAGAGGAAUGUUGUCGCGGACCAAAACGGCAGGGGAGAGCGGGAGUCACGGAGGAGGCGGAGGCAAAUGCGCAGAGGCGGGGUCGACGAGGGCGACGACGACGACGAGAGAGGCAGGGACGGGGCGGGAGAAGCGAAAGGAGGCGAGAGGCGAGAGGACGACGGACGGCUCGCUGUUGUCCGUGGCACUGACGCGGCCGAGGCUUGGGAUGGAGAUGACGUCGAUCAAAGACAUCUUGUUCAAGCUCUCCCGAAAAGCCUCGAAGACUUUCAGGCUCAAGAUAUGGCUAGCUAA